CAAACUGGACAUGAUGCAGUCCUCCUCUCUGACCGAGCGCGAGAAGAGCAUCCCCGCAGCUGACGGCUGUUUUCAGAUGUGGCGAGAUUACAUGGACCUUCGCUGGACCCUGUCGCAGCUGCUGCAGCAUCGCGACGGAGCACAAGCCGCAGAUGUUCGCGAGACCCCCGCGGAGGCUUUCGUGGGAGCCGGUUCCAGCAGCAACGUCUCCAGCAGCAACGUUUCCAGUAUCUCCGCCUCCUCCAGCCGCGGCCUGCGGACCCCGCGGGACUUCUGCGGAUUCUGCCAUAAAAACGGAGAGAUGCCGGUGGUGUGCAUGAGUCACAGACUGAAAGCCCGAGACGGCCGGAUCCUCUGCCCCAUCCUGCGAAGCUAUGUGUGUCCGUACAUAGUUACAUGCAGUGUAAUGUUACAUAUGUUUAUGAUGUUCUUAUGA